UGGAGUCUGAUUCUGCUCUUCCUGAUGGCUCAGUGUUGCUUCAUGGACUGUCAGCUCUAUCAGUUUCACUACAUUAAUGAGAAUAAGAACUGGACUGAAGCUCAGCAGUACUGCAUAAAGAAUCACACUGACCUGGUCACAGUGACUAACAUGAAGGACAUGAAGAGACUCAUCAACAUCUCAGCUGGAGAUCAGAGGGAAGCUUGGAUUGGUCUGUUCAGUGAACCAGAAGUUAACAGAACUUGGUUCUGGUCUCUGCUUGGAAUGAAGUUCAAUGAAAGUGAGACCAAGUGGAACGAUGGAGAACCAUCUGAUAAUGAAACUGAGAACUGUGGGUAUUUGAUUGAAACUCCCAAAUGGGGAGAUGUGAGUUGCUCUACUACAAGAUAUUUCCUCUGCUACAAUGAAACCAUCAGAGGUCAAUGUGCCGUUGCUGUGUUUUAUGGUAAAGGCAGAUGGAAGAAUGUGAGCUGUGCUGAAAGAAAACCCUUCAUCUGUUAUGAUGAUAAAUUUAUCCUGAUCAAAGAAAAUAAAACUUGGGAGGACGCCUUGACCUACUGCAGAGAUCAUCAUGAUGACCUGGUCACCAUCACCAAGAUGGAUGAUCAGAGAUGGAUCCAGGAGUAUCCAUG